AAUUAAUCAAAGCUAUAACCCACUAUCCCUUAGUAUUAGUGAAUCGUGAGUGACGAUAGAAAAGUCAAACCAACUAUCAAAGAGCUAACUUCAAUGUUUUUUAAUUAAUUAAAAUAUACGGCUACGUAUAUUGUAGAAAACAACUGUUACCAUGUAUAUAAUUCUCCCCUUAACAUUUUAUUUGUGUCACUUUCCUUUGUCACGUUGUAUUAAAAUAAAUGUCUCACUUCUCCUUUCGGAACAAUACUCUAAAAACAACUACAGUGCCCGCUACAAUACCACUACAGUAUAACUACUGUAGUGCCGCAAAGACUCUCACCAACAGUGGGAUAAGUGAUAGUGACAGUUGGGAUGUUGGUGUUGGAGAGAGAAUCACGGUUUGGGAUAAUUUAGAAUACUUUUUUAUUGGAAUGAAAUUUUCUGGUCUAGUAUGAGUUGAUAUGGUAGAUGUAUAUUUUAUGUACUUUUUUGCAAUUAUCGAAGUGUAGCCUGGUCUAGCCUGUUUAAAUCUGGACUGGUCUUAGACAGAAAUCAAUCCAAUUAAAAACAUCUUCAGUCCUAUUUUGAUCACUGUUUUUGAAAUAUUGAUCUUGUUUUUGGCUAUCAAAAAGCUAAGGGUUAUGUGUUGGUCAUUCUUUUUAGUUAUUGAUGGGACUUCAAUUUCUAAUUAAUCGUAUUAUACAAUUAUUUUAAAUGCAAAUCGCUUAUGAAAUAUAAUUACUCGGAUAGUAUUGAGGGUUUGUUAGGACUGUGUGAUAUGAAAGGUAAAAAUGUGAAGUUAAUGUUGGUUUUGCUAAACUCGUGAGCAAUACAUCAUUGUAAGUCGAUGAGAAUUAACUACGUGUUUCACUUCUAUCCCUAUUAGAAGGAUGUAUGUUUAAAAAAUACAAGCUUUUCUAUUAGCAAAUAUAGUUGCAUGAGAUAAGGCAGGUAGCUCAUGAGGUGUUUGAUACUGGGGACUACCGAAAAGAGGUGGCUCAAUUGUUAUUUGAUUUUUACACUUCCAAUUUAUUGAGAUACGUAAGGUAGGUAGCUCGUGAUCGAUUUGGUAUUAGCUGCUACUAAUUAUCUUGUAUUUCUCAACUGAUUUUAAGUAUCUCUUACUCAAUGGAGUACAUAUCUGAUUGCGUGCUGCUCAAAGAUCUAUACGAGACCUUUUUUGCAUGGAGAAAUUGCAUAGGCAGCCUUGUAAAGCAUUAUGAUGAUAUACUUAGGUACCUGGAUCUGAAUGAUUGAUAAUUAUUCAGCUAGCAGACAAUUUAGGCAGGUGGUCAUUACCCUUUGACAAUGCACUUCGGUGGAGACUACCCACUCAAACCGCCAAAGUGAAAAUUCCCCGUAGGAUUCUUCCACCCGAACAUCUAUCCUUUUGGCACAGUUUUCCUAUGUGUCCUCGAUGAAGAGACUGUAUGUACAUUGCUUGCUUGUUCUGCAUGAUCUAAUUCAAACUUGGAGUCCUUUUUUUCUUUCCCAAAAAAGUAGUGAUUGUAAGUUUUACUACUAUACCUCCAGUGUCGGAUUACAGUAUGUGAAGCAAAUUCUGGUUGGCAUCCAGGAUUUGUUAGAUGAGACAAAUGCACCGCAACCUGUUCAAAUUGAAGUGAAUCGUCUCUAUAUUCAGGUAAGUGGGUUGUGGGAUUGUGGGAACAAACUCGAAUACAAAAGCAGUUCCUCUUGCUGGGAUCUGCGGCGAACUCUGGCUGAGGGCGAAAAUUCUGGCGAGGGCGGCUCCUGUCCAGGGCUUUGGCAAUCCGCCCCUUUUGUUUUAGGUUCGAAUCGAGAAGCAAAAUUGAGCCCGUUCAGGCAGCUUCUUCCUUCGUACUGAAGGUCCCAAGCCAAACACGGCUGACCGGCUGUUCUGCUUGGAUUUCCGGCGAACUGCAACAAUAACUCAGGUGACAGCUGCUUGUCUCCUCAUGCCAAAGGAAAGAAAGAAAGAAAGAGCAAUAGAAAAAGAAAAAAGAAAAACAAAGACAAAGAGGAGUGAUCAUCGGGCAUUGAUGGGAAGAUGGAGGAAGUCUGGGAGGAUGGGGGACCAAAAGAGAAAGAGAAAAGCAAAAAAAACGAAAUAGGACUAAAACAGUUUGAAAAUUCCAAAAUAGGACUGCCAUAUUUUUUAUUCCCAAAAUAGGAGUAAUUACUGUCAAGUUUGGAAAAUACUGCCAUGUUUGAAGUCUGGUACUGCCAAAACAUGACAGUAAUUAGUAUUAUUUUAGAAAUAAAAACAUGACAGUUCUAUUUUGGAAUUUCCAAAUAUUUUUAGUCCUCCUUAAUAUAUCUUUUGAGUAAAGGGUCAGUUUGGUCCUCGAAGUUGCAAAAAAGGGGUCAAAUAAGUCCUUAUAUAGAAGAUUCUGUCCGGACGUGCCAUUUGAGGUGGCUCCCGGUGGAAUUUUUUGAUAAAAUUUUUUGAGCAUCUUAAUCAUUAAGUCUAGUUUACUC